UCAUUGUGAGCUCAGUCCGGCUCUCUCUCUGACAGCGUGGACAAAAGAUGGUGCUCGACUUGGACCUGUUUCGCACCGACAAAGGUGGCGAUCCGGAAACCAUCCGUGAAACCCAAAGGAAGAGGUUUAAAGAUGUAACGCUGGUCGAUAAACUGGUCGCCGCAGACACGGAGUGGAGAAAAUGCCGCUUCACUGCAGACAACCUGAACAAAGCGAAAAACCUCUGCAGCAAGAGCAUUGGGGAGAAGAUGAAGAGAAAGGAGCCAGUUGGAGAGGAUGAGUCUGUACCUGAAGAAGCACAGAACGUGGAGUCCCUAACAGCUGAAACGCUCUCGCCCCUGACGGUUACCCAGGUCAAGAAGGUGCGUGUGUUGGUGGAAGAGGCGGUGGAGAAAAGCGACAGCGAGAGGAUAAAGCUGGAGGCGGAGCGCUUGGUGUACCUGAGGGAGCUCGGCAACCUUCUGCACCCGUCUGUGCCCAUCAGCAACAAUGAGGACGCAGACAACAAGGUGGAGCGUACCUGGGGCGACUGCAGUGUCCAGAAGAAGUACUCCCAUGUGGACCUGGUGGUCAUGAUCGAUGGCUUUGAUGGAGAGAGAGGAGCUGUUGUGGCUGGCAGCAGAGGCUACUUCCUGAAGGGCCCCCUGGUGUUCCUGGAGCAGGCCCUGAUCACUUACGCCAUGAGGAUACUCCACAGCAAGAACUACACCAUGCUCUACACGCCCUUCUUCAUGAGGAAAGAGGUCAUGCAGGAAGUCGCCCAGCUCAGCCAGUUUGACGAUGAGCUCUACAAGGUCAUCGGUAAGGGCAGCGAGAAGUCGGACGACAACUCCAUCGACGAGAAGUACCUCAUCGCCACCUCCGAGCAGCCCAUCGCGGCCUUCCUGAGGGAUGAGUGGCUGAAACCCGAGGACCUGCCCAUCCGCUACGCCGGCUACUCCACCUGCUUCAGGCAGGAAGUGGGCUCCCAUGGCCGAGACACCCGCGGGAUCUUCAGGGUCCACCAGUUUGAGAAGAUUGAGCAGUUCGUCUUCGCCUCCCCACACGACGGCAAAUCGUGGGAGAUGUUUGACGAGAUGAUCGGGACGGCAGAAGAGUUCUACCAGACUCUGGGAAUUCCUUAUCGCAUCGUCAACAUCGUCUCUGGUGCCCUGAAUCACGCCGCCAGCAAGAAGCUGGACCUGGAGGCCUGGUUCCCCGGCUCUGGUGCCUUCAGAGAGCUGGUCUCCUGCUCAAACUGCACGGACUACCAGGCCCGGCGCCUCCGCAUCCGCUACGGUCAGACCAAGAAGAUGAUGGACAAGGCCGAGUAUGUGCACAUGUUGAACGCCACCAUGUGCGCUACCACUCGCGUGAUGUGCGCCAUCCUGGAGAAUUACCAAACCGAGGAAGGCAUCGUUGUUCCAGAGAUGCUCCGGCCGUUCAUGCCUCCUGGUUUGACAGAGAUCCUGAAGUUCGUGAAGCCCGCUCCCAUCGACCAGGAGCUGUCUAAGAAAGCCAAGAAACACAACGACGGAGGGAAGAAGAAGAAGCAGGGAGGGGGGGGCCAGAACCUUCCCAACGCCAUGGAGACCAUGUGCGUCGACGACUCGUAGGCCGCGGCGACCGCGCCGCUUCACCAGCGCCACGCAGGCAGACACGGGUGGAACGGGGCCUCCCGGGGGGACAACCGCGGGUCAGCUCUGCUGUUACUGUCGUCUUCGUGAAGGGGAGCUCCGUCUCAUCUGUGUCUAUCUGAAUGGAAGGUGUUCAUCUCAGCUGUUCCUCCCCACGAUCACAUAGAGCGCACUGACGAAGGCCUCCUCCUACAUCUACUCUUCACUCUCUCACCUCUGCAGCAAACAGACAGAUGACACUACUGGUAAAAUUCCAGCUUCACAUCAUUGCAGUAGUUAUGAAAACUUAAACAUUACAAGUUAAUGUUUUCCUCAGCUUUUUAGGAUCUGUAAUAGACAAUAAAAGGUGAUCGGUAACUGAAAUCUUUACGAGAACGACGCCUGCAUCUCUUCUGUGAAACUUAUUUCUUUGAGUCUGAAAAGGUUUUAAAGUUGAUCUAAAUUCUACUCUUCAGAAAUCAAUCAAUGAUCGGGUAUUUAGGCUUCACCUCGUCUUCUCUGACCACAAUCAUCUUCAACCAUUGAUGACCAUAAUGCUCUUCCUGGCUUAUGAUUGAGACAUUGUAUGAACUCGCUAAAGAGAGAUAGAUAUGUGUAUACAUAUAUGUAUAUGUAUAUGAUUGAGCAUUCAAGAAGUGGCACUUAUUGUAAAACAAAUAUUAAAAAGUUGAUAUGGAAGAUA